AUGAGCGAUACUCUCCCCCUCGGCAUCAUUGCCGAUUCUGGUGCUCCCGAAGGGAGUACAGACUACACUACGGUAGUACUAUUUCAUGGAUUCGCUUGGACGAGCGAUGGUUUCCGUAAGAUGCUCCCAUUCGCGAAGGCGAAAAAUGCUCGCAUAUUCCUUGUCAACAGGCGCGACUAUCCGGGCACGACGCCCUACUCCAUCGAAGAGCGUGCCGAGGUCUUCGCGGCUGCAGUACAGGGUAAGACCGACGCGGAGGAGGCGCGAAAGAUACUACUCCCAUGGAUGAAGGAACGCGGGCGGGAGGUCCAUGAUCUCCUCGUCCAUAUCGUCUCCCAGCACAAAAUCCCUGUCGCCCGCCCGGAGAAUAAUGCGGGGGGGAUUGUCGUAGCAGGAUGGUCGUUCGGCACCACUCUCAUGUCUGCGCUCCUGGCCAACGUCGAUUCCUUCCCUCAGGGCGAUGUCGAUUUGAGGAAAUAUCUCCGCAGAGUCGUCUUCCUUGAUCCCCCUGAUAUUGCGCUCGGCAUACCACCGCUCCCAGAAGUCGCGUCCGCGAACAACGAGACCCCUAUAGCGCUAGAGCGUCUCGUCCGCGAGCUCUCUAUCUUCUACAGCGCGUACUUCAAGCAUGGGGACGUCGACAAACCCGAGACGUACGAGCGCAGCACGCCGCUUGCCGACCCGAAACCAACAUGGUAUAGCUUCACCCCAGACGAGCUCGAGGCGAUCUUCCACCCUGUGCCAGGGGACUCACGGGGCGGCUCGGAUGCCACGCUCAUGGCUGCAGCUAUCCCUUGUGGGGUAUUCGGGGUGCUUCGUGAGCAGGCUCUGCGCAAGGGCGAGGGUAGCGGGUGGGAGGCCGUUGAGCUUCGGCAAGUUUGGGCUGAUUAUUCGAUCGCGCCUAUGGUUUGGUGUGCACGCGAGUUGCGGGCGGAGGUCGACAAGCAGACAAAGGCUGGUGCGAAGCUUAGGAACGUAAGCUUUGUCCGAGUGGAGGGAGCGAACCAUGUCGUGAUGUGGGACCUGCCUGAACGAUUAUUGGAGGCGCUUCUCUGCACGCAGUAG